AUGGCCGGCGUAGACUCCCGAGCCUUUAUUUUAUGUCGAAAACGAACACAUUUUGAUCCCGAUAAGUCGACGCUUUUCGUUCAGUCAUCCAUCAAACAACAUGCCGAAUUGUGCUGGAUUUUCGGUUGUAUGGCAACAAUGGCUCGUUUGAAUCGAUUGCAACAGUUUAAGGACAAGUCAGCGAACAUGAAAGAUAUACCUCUGGGACUGUUUGUGUAUCCAGUGCUGCAGACAGCUGAUAUUUUAAUGUACAAAGCCACACACGUCCCAACUGGUGACGAUCAAUCGCAGCAAUUGCAGGUAGCCCAGGACAUUGCAAAUACAUUCAACUUCCGAUUCGGAGAAACAUUUCCCAUUUGUCAAGGCAUUAUAGCUAAAGAUACAAGCUGUCGCAUCAAAUCGCUCCGUGAUCCUACAAAAAAGAUGUCAAAAUCUGACCCGAAUCCGAAAACUCGAAUUGAACUUCUCGAUCGACCUGAACAAAUAUUGGAAAAAAUUAAAAAAGCGGUCACCGACUGCACAUCGGCUGUUGCUUACGAUCCGGAAACCAGACCCGGUGUAUCCAAUUUGGUUGCCAUUCAUUCUCUGAUGAGUGGAAUUUCAAUUGAACAAAUUGUCCGCGAUGCAUCGAAUUUGGACACCGGCAAAUAUAAAUUUCGUGUGGCCGAAGCAGUAAUCGAGAGAAUCGAUCCGAUCCGAUUGAAAAUCGAGGACUAUCUCAAGAAUCCGGAAUAUUUGAUUGAUGUUAUGAGAAUUGGUGCGGAGAAGUCCAGUCGAAUUGCUGAAGAGACCAUAGUGGAUGUUAAGAAAAAAGUCGGUGUGGGUGUCGGUGAUCUAUCGGAGUAUGUGAAUGAAGUUGAAAAGCUGAAAACGCAGACUCAGUAGAGGUAAAAGUGAUAUUGUUAAUGGAGUCAGAAAAUAAAUUAUGAAAAUGCAGAA